UGUUGGUUUUUUGUUAUAAAGACUGAAUUGGAAGAACCAUUUUGCUUUUGUUUUCUGUUUUUCUGGGUUUUUGGGUGCCAAAAGAAAACGAGCUUGAGAAGAGAAGAAGAGCGGAGAGAGAAGAGAAAAAAUGGGCAGGGGGAAAAUAGAGAUAAAGAGGAUAGAGAAUGCUAACAGCAGGCAAGUCACAUUCUCCAAGAGGCGUGCUGGGUUGCUCAAGAAGGCUAAGGAACUCGCCAUCCUCUGUGAUGCUGAGGUUGCUGUCAUCAUUUUCUCCAAUACUGGCAAGCUCUUUGAGUUUGCCAGCUCUGGCAUGAAGAAAACACUUUCUAGAUACGACAAGUGUUCUCAAGGUACUCCAGAGAUUGCUUUGGUCGAACACAAAGCAGAGAAGCAAGACUCUAAGGAGGCAGAUAAUCUAAAGGAUGAAAUUGCAAAGCUACAAAUGAAACAGUUACAGCUGUUGGGGAAGGACUUGACCAGCCUGAGCUUGAAAGAGCUUCAGCUCCUGGAGCAGCAGCUUAAUGAAGGGUUGUUAUCUGUGAAGGAGAAGAAGGAACAAUUGCUCAUGGAACAACUAGAGCAAUCAAGAGUACAGGAGCAGCGAGCUAUGCUUGAGAACGAAACUUUACGCAGACAGGUUCAGGAGCUGCGAGGUUUCUUUCCAUCAACUGCUCGCCCAGUUCAAUCCUAUCUUGAAUGCUAUGCUGUUGAAAGGAAGAAUCCUCUCAUGAACCAUAGCAUUCCCAGUCCAGAUGUGACCUGCAAUUGCACUGUUGAAAAGGGAGAUUCAGACACUACCUUGUAUUUGGGGUUGCCAAGUGACUGUCACAAGAGAAAGAAACCUGAAAGAGAAACUCAUUCCAAUGACUCAGAAAGCCAAUUGGGGCUGCUGUGAUCCUUUUCUUCAUGGUGUUCGCUCUGCCUUUUAUAUGGAUUCCAGAACUGAGAUAUGGUACAGAUGAGUCUAGUUUGGUAGUUAUUAAAACACCAGUUGUCAAAAUCAAAGAAGUCAGACAUAGUGAAGCUAUAUAUGGUUCUUUUCAGGAGGAAGACUAAGUUUUCAGGUUAUGGAUAUAGUUUAGUCUGAGCAGUUAUUGAAAAAAGAAAAGGUCAGGGAUAUUGCAAAAUAGGCUUUCCUUUAUUAAAUUUUAUUUCUUUUUAUCUUGUAUUCCAUUGCAACUUUCUUUACCAAUUGAAUUAGUGAUG